AUGGCCGCUCGUCACUCGCGCAAGCUGCUGCGACCUUUACUCUAUACUUCGGCCGCCGCGGCCGCCGGAGCCGGAGUCCUCUACAUUUCCUACCGCCCUCGUAACAUCCCCGGCCUGGAAGCCCCCGCGGUUCCACCCCCCGGAUACCAUGAGGGCAAACUGGUGCCCCCGAGCUUCCCCGCCAUCAAGUCCCGCAUUGAUCAGAUUCAGGAUCUGAAGCGCAGUCAAACUGAGGAGCCCUAUGAUCUGCUGGUCAUUGGUGGUGGUGCUACGGGAUCCGGUAUCGCCUUGGAUGCGGCCACCCGAGGCUUGCGAGUGGCGGUGGUUGAGCGUGAUGAUUUCAGCGCUGGGACUAGCAGUAAGAGCACCAAGUUGGUGCACGGCGGUGUGCGUUAUUUGGAAAAAGCCGUUUGGGAAUUGGAUUACAACCAGUAUGCGCUGGUGAAGGAGGCUCUGCGAGAGCGCAAGUACUUCUUGAACACUGCGCCGCAUCUUUCGCAAUGGCUUCCCAUUAUGGUGCCGUUGCAGAAAUGGUGGCAGGCCCCUUAUUUCUGGGCAGGCUGCAAGGCCUAUGACUUCCUAGCAGGCUCGGAAGGUAUUGAGAGCUCCUAUUUUUUGACGAAGAGCAAGGCCAUUGAUGCAUUCCCAAUGCUGAAGCGGGACAAUGUUGUCGGUGCCAUGGUGUACUACGAUGGUGCGCAUAACGAUUCGCGCAUGAACGUGUCGCUCGCGAUGACGGCUGCUCUCUAUGGCAGUACGGUGGUGAACCACAUGGAAGUCACUGGCCUGACCAAGGAUGCCGACGGAAAGCUGUGCGGCGCGCGCAUGCGGGAUGUCAUCCCAGGCAAGAACGGCGAGGAGACGCAGGAGUUUACCAUCCGGGCCAAGGGUAUCAUCAACGCCACCGGUCCCUUCACCGACUCUAUUCGCAAGAUGGAUGAGCCAGAAACCAAGGAAAUCGUGGCUCCCAGCUCUGGUGUCCAUAUCAUCCUGCCCGGAUACUACAGCCCCUCGAACAUGGGUCUUAUUGACCCCUCCACCUCCGAUGGUCGUGUCAUUUUCUUCCUGCCUUGGCAGGGCAACACCAUUGCGGGCACCACCGAUGCGCCUACUGAGAUCACCGCCCAGCCCGAACCCUCCGAGAAGGACAUCAACUGGAUCCUGUCCGAGAUCCGUGGUUACCUGGCCCCGGACAUCAAUGUUGACCGCAGCGACGUCCUGGCUGCCUGGUCCGGUAUUCGGCCCUUGGUCCGUGACCCCAACAAGACCAGCUCUCAGGCGUUGGUUCGCAACCACCUGAUCUCCGUUUCUCCCUCUGGACUGCUGACCUGCGCGGGUGGUAAGUGGACCACCUACCGUCAGAUGGCUGAGGAGGCGGUGGAUGAAGCUAUCACCUCGUUCAAGCUGAAGCCCUGUGAGAAGAAGAAUGUGCCGGAUAUCAGUGGCGCUGGCGGUAGUGGCUUGGUGGCUGACGGGGCCGUCCUGGACGGAAGCUGUCAGACCCACCAGGUACGCCUGAUCGGUGCCCACGGUUUCUCAAAGACCUUGUUUAUCAACUUGAUCCAGCACUAUGGCCUCGAGACCGAUGUGGCCCAGCACUUGACUGGGUCUUACGGUGACCGUGCUUGGCAAGUCGCGGCUCUCUCCGCCCCAACCAAUGCUCGCUUCCCCGUGCGCGGUUGCCGCAUCUCCGCCUUGUACCCCUUCGUGGAUGGUGAGGUCCGAUAUGCCGUCCGUCACGAGUAUGCCCAGACUGCGGUCGAUGUCAUUGCCCGUCGUACCCGCUUGGCUUUCUUGAAUGCCGAGGCCGCAUUGGAGGCCCUCCCUAAUGUGAUUGAUCUCAUGGGCGAGGAGUUGAACUGGAGCGACCAGCGCAAGGAUCUUGAAUGGAAGGAUUCGGUUUCGUACCUAAAGUCCAUGGGUCUUCCUAAGAGCCUUCUUGACCUGUCUCGACAGGAGGUUCAAAAGGGACGCGUGAAGGAGCUGGAGGUGGAGGAGCGCAAGACAUUCUCUCGAACUGGUAAGUGUUUGCCCUCUGCUAAGGAGAGCGGGGAUGAGAACUCGAAAAAAAGAUCCCUGAUGACUGACACUUUUUCAGAUCCUCCUGCGGAUAUUCUCAAUGGUGACGCUGCUCCUAGCGCUGAUGCCUCCGCAUCGGUGUCCCCAGUUAGCAAUUAG